AGCUACCACCUCUCGCGGAGGCAGGAGUUAUUAAACCGAUGGGAGAGCUCUCUCCCAUCAACUUAGUGCGUUUCCACCACAAGCACUACAGCGGCACAGCUGCAAGUACUGUAGUGUAGAUGUAGCUUCAGACACCAUGUAACAGGAAAAAUUUACAAAGGAACCUUUGUAAAAGAAUCUUCACUCCAACAUUUAACAGGUAUGACUCAGUAAGCCUUUUCUUCUUAGAUUCUUUUCCCUAGGAAGAAGCAAAUAUUGGAAAAAGAGAUAAAAUGGAGGUCCAAGCUUUUACAUCUUAUCAUGGAAAAAUAAGAAACAAUUGCAAAGAGAAUAUCUUCUUUAGGAUAGUUGUGCUGGCUAAAACAUACCUUUUUAAUGAAAAAUUACUGCUUGGAAACAUUCUCAUUUUUAUAAUAAAGUUAUAAGAUUUUAAACUAAUGUAAAACUAUCACAAAAGAAAAAAAGAAUGUAGAUGGGUUUCAAGAGCCAGACAUCAUCUCCAGGAUGCAAGUUCUGGUGUUGAUAUUGACACUUACAUCUGUCAACCUUGUGCUUUUACCUAGGGUGGAUCAACAAAUGUGUAUCACUCCUCACUAGUUCUGCAGUUUGCCAUGUUUAUGGUUAUGGUUAAAUAACAAUUUCAGAAGCAAUUAAGUUACUUCUGUCAAAAUUCCUUCUCAAAUGAUUUAGAGUAUCCUAACUGGGCUUCAGUUCGUCUCUGACAAUCUGACAAUUAUAUAGUCAUAGACUCAGCCAUGCAGGAAGAAAGCGAAGAGGGAAAGUAUGUGGUUUAAUGAGUGACUUAACAUAUCUGGGAAUACCCAGCAAUAAAUCGUACAGUUCAGGUCAUUGUUCUUGCCUUAAUUGUUUACACUUAUCUGGAAUCCAACUUGGUCCCAGUCCAUUGCUGGGACACCACCACUCUCUCCUCAAAUGAGGGUUAAGGAGGGCUGGAAAAGAGGGGGCGGGUUGUUUUCCCACUGUACUAGACAUUAGGAGCCCCAACUCCCCUUUUUCCAGCUUUCUUAGGGAAUGCCAUCCCUUAAAUCCCCUUCCAAUUCCUAUUUAUCAGGGAACCAUAUCCCCUCUGUAAUGAGUACCUGCACUGGACACCUGCCACCUACUAAGUUUGCCACAUCUUGACCUGUCCUCCUUAUGUACUUUGCCCUGACUUGCUGUGAGGAAAGCAAAAAAAAAACAUGCCUCAGCCAAUCUGGUGGUGAAGCAAAAAUUCCUUCCAAGGAACUAGUACAAUGUCUACAGCAGAUGAUGAUAAAGCUCAGUCCUAUUCUGAUCUCAUGAGUGAGAAGUUGCGUGCAACUGAUUGGUGAUUGAUGAGAGUUCCUUCCCAAAUGUACAGAGUAUAAAUACUUCCCCCUCCUCUGGUGCACAUGGUAGGUCAGUGCUGCCACAUUGUCCAUCCACUUCCUAUCCCCUCCACCCCUUGGCUCUGCUAAAGUAAGUCCAUCCCCUUUCCUCCUCCCUUGUAACCCAAUUGCAGUGGGAACCUUAAAAGGAACUCUAUCCCCUUUUUCUUGCUGGAUGGAGAAAGACCCACCACAUUCAGUUGUGGUGAGGACAUUUGGUUAAAAUCACAAUAAGCUAUUAUACUAAGACUUUCAGUAAUGAUCUCUUCACCAAACUAAGGGGGAAAAUAUCUCCUGAUGUCAUGUAGGAUUUUAUUGCAAAGCUGAUGUUAUGCUAUUACUGGAGAACUCAUAAAAUAAAUCAUGCACACAUAGACUGCCGUGUAUUAUUUGUAAAAGAUUAUUUGUUGGGCUAAAAUUGACUCUACUUAAGCUUUUCUCUGAUGUUUGAAUGCAGGUUUAAAGCCAGGACCUGUGGCUUUCUUAACUCAGAACAAAGUAUGUAGCAGGGGCAAGAAUAGAUUUCCUAUAGUAGUGAUAACGUGAGACUGUCUCAAAUUCCACACCUACAGCAUCACGUGUCAGCUUGUAGAAUUUCAAGAGCACUUCCUUACCAGAAUUCCAUCACUCACUAGCCAUUACAUUUAUCUAAUCUGUUCAGUACCCUUAAAUACACAGAGCAUGGGUGAACAUUAUAUGUCAUAACUAAAUGCUGCUAGAAAUAGAAAACACAACAAGAUUAAUCCCAAAAUAAAGAUAGGACUUUUUUCACACUGAAGUCCUGAACAAGUGGAAAAUGUAUCCUGUCAUAUUUUAAACGUGGUCUGUCUUCUAUUUAGAUUAGUGCAAAAUUCCAAUUACAGUAUAAGUAUGAGUUUAGUUAUUGGUCAGCUUCCAUUUUAAACAUUUAUUUUCUGACAGAUGUAUUUAGUUUGUUGAGCUGGUCUUAGUAUUAAACAGUUUAAAACACGGACUAUUGUCAAGUCAUUAAAAUCUUACUAAAAGCUGGAGAGUUCUCCCUGAGAAAAGAUUACUUUUGAUUGUUCUUGUGUGUGUGAAAAGUAUUUUCAUAGGGAAUGUUUUUUAAGUUUAUCCAACUAUAAUACUAAAAAAAUAGUUUAGGAAUAUUCCUCCAUUAUACUAGAUUGAGAAAGUGGGGGAGCCUUCCAUCAUUUCUUUGGCAAAGGAACAAUUCUUUGUAAGCAUGUAUACAAGCAUAAGUUCUGAUCCUGCAGAAUCAUGUCCAUGAUUUGUUGCUUUAAGUCCAAUAUGGUGAAGAUGAAUAAGAUGGAGUAGUAAUAAAACUUCAGUGAGAGAUCACAAAUUACAUCAGCCCUACCAAGAACCUCUACUUUUACAUUGAUACUACCAUGUAUAACUUCUAUGACGGGGAGGAUUCAUCUCUUGAAGAAACGAGAGAGAUCCCAAUUUUUGUAAAAUAGAGGCCAUUGCAACACUGUUUCUGGGUAUUUUAAUGUCCUUUAUUAGCAGAAAUCAGGAUUUACUAUGUGGAGCUGCUCUUCAUUGCUGAGACCUGUUGGGAUCUGGGCUGCCACCUUCGUCAGUUGCUCAUAGUGUCUCGCUGCUUCCUGAAGUUGGUGCUGACAUACUUCACUCUUUAUAUAUAAAUCCAUUAGCCAGAUUUAAGGCACAUGUGCUACCAGGGAGCCUUCCCUUCCCUUCAAGCUCUCUGGUAUCUUAUGUACCUUAAACCUAUCUAAUGGAUUUAUUACCAUGAUGUAAACUGAAGAAAUACUGCGCUCUGUAUACCUGAAAGGGACUGUUUCAGGCUUUAGAAUGGAGGAAGAGGAGGGGGAAAAAGUGGUCCCAGCUUCUAGAUUUCCUGAAGAGUUGUUAUAUCUAAUUCCUCUUCCCUCUCCACAUAAUGUUGAUAAUUUUUACAGGAAACUGAUUCACUGUCUAGCUGAGGGAUGAGAUAUUCCUUUAAUUUUGGCUCAGAAGUGUUCCAUAAAUUUGACACUUUUCAACCUAAGAGUAAGAGGAAUUAUUCUGCUGUAUUUUCAUAAGUCAUUGUGAUGCCUGACUUUCAGAGGAAUGUGUAAAAAGUUGCUAACUUUCUCUGUGUAAUUGUGACUUUCUCUUAGUUUAGUAUUUCUAUCUAUGAACUUAAUGGUUCUAGACAUUUAACAUUAGUUAUUACUUACUUUAAUCAGUGUAGUUUUGUGUUAAAAUAUAGUCCUUGAAAACCUGAAUCCUUUUACUAUUUUAACUUCAACUUUUUUUGUCCUUGUCUUGUCCUUAUUGGUAUGCUCUUGGGGUUUGCUCUCCAUUUCUCGUUCUGGGCCUUAUGGGAGAGAGCCUGCCUUUUCCUCUGUCUGUCCAGAAUAAGGCAUCCGAAUGCAUGAAUAGGCUGUCCACACAGGGAUGAGGGCAUACAUUUAUAAUAAGAGUUCUGUUAUUGGCUGUCAGGGAGAGCAUUCAGGAAUGCGCACAUACUACUUCAGUGCAGAUACCCUAGAGGAUAUGAAUGACUGGAUCCGUGCCAUGAAUCAAGCUACUCUGAUGCAAACACGUUCAUCACUGAAAAGAGAAACAGAAAAAGCGGAUCAGCAAGCUGUUCCCCAAGCUAACCAUGUGGAUUCCUGCAAAGAGCGUGCAAAGGUGGUGGAUACUGCUGAUAUAAAAGAAAGUUAUCAAAAAGCAACUGAAACCUUUGGAUACGAUAGGCAUGAAGAGAUAAGAAAAGAAAGAGAAGAUGAGGAACAUUAUGUCUUCAGAAAAGAAAUUCUGGAAGCUAAGAGGGGAAAAUCUAAGCAUCCAUUAACAUCAGGAGAAGUUGAUCAGUUUCCAGAUUUAACAAGUGCAUCUCGGCCCCAAGUAGCUCAGCCUCAGCCAGUUGAGAAGAAUGGGACGUUUCCUAGUUCAUUAAACAUGAGUGUUGGCCCAGUGGAGCAGAAUGGUACCAGUUUGUAUAAAAGAGGGUUUGUUCCCAGAGCAAAUCCAGAUAAACACAUGCAAAGGAAAAACAACAUGACUCAAGUGGAGCACUGGGUAAAAGUCCAAAAAGGAGACACAAAAAGUCUUGCUCCUGAUCAGAUUCUAACUCGUCAAGGUCCCAGUCAGUCUUCGUCUUUUCCUGAAAAUUAUCAUACCUUGCCAAAGAAUACCAGGCAGCCUUCAGGGAGCUCUCCUCCACCAAAUCGCAACUUGCCAAGUGACUACAAAUAUGCCCAGGACCGUGUUAGUCACUUGAAAAUGUCCCAUGAGGAGAGGAAAGCUAAUAAGGAUGGUACUGUAUGGCAGCUAUACGAGUGGCAACAGAGACAGCAGUUUAAACAUGGCAGUCCAACUGCUCCAGUUUAUGCAGGUUCUCCGGACUUUACUGACCGUGGUAAAGCAAAAAGUUCACUAGAUGUUCCACGAUCAAUUUCUGUUCCUCCAUCUCCUUCCGAUAUUCCUCCACCAGGACCUCCAAAAAUCUUUCCGCCAAGGAGACCGCACACUCCUGCAGAAAGGGUUACUGUUAAACCGUCUGAUGGGAGACCGAGUAUAGACAUACCUUUUGCUGGAUCUCCAAGGAGGAUACGAAAUCAUGCUGUAAAGAAUUCAGCACACUUUGAUAGACGCUCCAUGCCUACUAUGGGAUAUAUGACCCAUACUGUAAGUGCACCCAGUUUACAUGGCAAGUCGGCUGAUGACACCUACAUCCAGCUGAAGAAAGACUUGGAAUAUCUGGAUCUAAAGAAGCUGUCUCCUUUUAUGAUAACAAUAAAAAAUAAUGGACCUCUGAUCAACAUGGUUUACAAAGUGCUAAAGAACUCAGCACAAGGGUUACUGUCCGGUAUAAAUGUGACAGGGCGUGAUAUACUAAAAGAACGAAGUACAAAACCUGUCAAGAUUGCAGAAAGUGAUAUUGAUGUCAAGCUAAGCGUUUUCUGUGAACAGGACGGGAUUCUACAGGACUUGGAAGACAAAAUAAGAUCCCUUAAGGAAAAUAAAGACCAGUUGGAAUCUGUUUUGGAGGUUUUGCAUAGACAGAUGGAACUGUACAAAGACCAACCACAGCAUACAGAAAAAAUUUCUUCCCAGCAGAGACUUUUGCAAGAGGACCUCAUUCAUAUUCGGGCUGAAAUAUCCAAGGCAUCCACUGAAAUGGAAAAUGCUUGGAAUGAAUAUCUGAAAUUGGAAAAGGAUGUGAACCAGCUGAAGCAAGCCUUACAGGAACAGAUGAACAGAUCAUUUUUUCCUCAGGAGAAAACACAAAUGCAAAAAGAUUUAUGGAGAAUUGAAGAUGUCACAGCUGGCCUAAGUGCAAAUAAAGCAAACUACAAAGUCAUAGUAGAUUCUAUAAAAAAUCCAGAAAGAAAAACAGUGCCUUCAUUUUCUCAGCCUAUAGUGCCUUCAUUAUCAACUUCUCUCACAACUAUGGAGAGCAAACUUUCUACUCAGCGAACUCCUCCAUCCAGUCCUGUUAAGUCCUCUUUGGAGGUUAGGCUGUUUCCACAGCCUUAUACUCAGCCUAGAACACAGUCUCAAUCACAACAGCUGAAAAAAGUUGAGCAUCCUCUUCAGUCACCAGUGAAGCUAAAGUCAAAAAUUGAAAAUGAAGCACCACCCAGACCUCCUCUCCCUCAGGUCUACAAUCCUGAUGAUCACCCACCAGCUGUUCCACCUCUUCCAAGGGAAGCCAAUGUCAUCAGGCACACAUCAGUGCGAGGCCUGAAACGUCAGUCAGAUGAAAGAAAGAGAGAUCGAGAACUGGGGCAAUAUGUGAAUGGAGAUUAUAGGGGAGAACUUCGUUCAUACAUGAGUGAACCUGAAUUAGCUACAAUAGGUGGUGACCUCAGCCAAACUUCACUUGGUUUCAUAGGUUCUGACAGUGGAUACCAGACAUUACCUACCAGAGGAUUAUCUGGAUCAACUUCCAGACUGCACCAGACAUCCACCAGUUCAUCAUAUGCAACAUUUCAAAGAGAUCGCUCCAAGGAGAGACCAAAGAGUGCCUUGGAACGCUUAUACUCUGGAGACCACCAAAGAUGCAAGAUGAGUGCUGAGGAACAACUAGAAAGAAUGAAGCGACAUCAGAAGGCAUUAGUUCGUGAACGCAAGAAAACUCUUAGCCAAGGAGAAAGACAGUCUAUUUCAUCUCGGUCUUUCAUCCGGCCCGUUUCUGCAGACAUAGGCUCAUGGAAACGAGAACAAGAAUUUGAUUUGCAGUUACUUGAGAGAGCAAUACGUGGAGAAGAGAAAAAUGAAAAUGACAGGUUAAAAAUUCAGCCUGUACCAGUGACAGAGAUGGAUCUGGAACCUCAAGAUUAUAACUUAGAUAUCAGCAGAGAGUUGUCAAAACCUGAAAAGGUGGCAAUUCCAGAACGCUAUGUUGACCUGGACCCUGAAGAACCUCUCAGUUCAGAAGAAUUAGCCGCAAGACACCGUAAUACAGAAAAGAUAAAGAAUAUUCUUACCAGGUCUAGUAUGCACAACCUACAGCCUACUGUUGCUCAGGACGAACACAACUCAGUUGAUUUAGAUUCACAGCUGCAGGAGCAGGAACGCAUCAUUACCAUAUCAUACGCUUUGGCUUCUGAAGCCUCUCAGCGGAGCAAGGAGGUAGCAGCUCACCAGUUGACCUACCCAUCUAAAGCACCCUCACCUUCUGUACCACAGCCACCUCACUCCCCCUUAAGCAAUGGAUUUCACUACACAUUUGUCUAAACACCUUAAAACCAAAGCAGUAACUGAACAUUGACAUAAGA